CCCCUAAUGGAAGCUUCAAAAAAUCUUCAGACACCCUUAAAUUUCAUGAAGGAUGAUAAUGUGAGCCAGGAAUGUAAGAAUCUGAUCUCUUCUCUACCUUCAGAGAAAGAUUUCAUGGGAAAAAGCCUCUUCAGUUACCAAGGAUCUUGGUACUAUCCCAACACAGUCCAAGCAAUCCUAAACUUCCAAAAACAUUUCCGACCACGAGAUACUGAUAUCAUUCUUGCAUCUUUCCCCAAAUCAGGCACCACCUGGCUCAAAGCUCUCGCAUUCGCCGUCGUUCAUAGAAACAAGUACGCAGCUUAUACUCUUGACUCCCAUCCUCUCCUCUCCAACAAUCCCCACAACCUUGUUCGGUUUCUUGAGAUUGACUUAUAUGAUAAGAAUCAACUUCCUGACCUCGAAGAGCUUCCUUUACCUAGGCUCUUUGCAACCCACAUGCCGUUUCAAACGCUAAAUGAGACCCUAAGAGAUUCUCCUUGCAAGGUGGUUUACGUGUGUAGGAACAUAAAAGAUGUGUUGGUCUCUCGUUGGCAUUUCAGGAGCAAGGUUGUUAGCAAAGAGUUGUAUAGUAACAAUUCGCUUGAAGAUAUGUUUGACGAGUUUAUCAAAGGGGCUUACUUGUUCGGACCGUUUCAAGAUCAAGUCUUGAGCUAUUGGAAAGCGAGCUUGGUGAAUGUGAAUCCGGUACUCUUCAUGACAUAUGAAGAAAUGAUAGAGAAGCCUGAGGCUCAAGUUAUGAGGCUCGCCGAUUUCUUAGGCUACUCAUUCACUGAAGAAGAAAAGCAAAGUGGAAUGGUUGAGAAGAUCUUGGAAUUGUGUAGUCUUAGUAACCUGAGUAAUUUGGUGGCCAACAAGACGGGAACAUCUACUUGUGGAAUACAUCACCAUGCGUUUUUCCGUAAAGGAGGAGUCGGUGGGUGGAAGGAUUAUCUCACUCAUGAUAUGGCGAAAAAACUCGAUGAGAUCGUUGAAAACAAACUACAAGGUUCAGGGUUGAAGUUUGAGUGA